CCAGACAUUCACGCUCAGACAUUCACGACAUUCAAGUUUUUCCGUUGGCGGAUGAGCAUCUCAGCAGAGAGAACACGUGCGCAACAUCCACGAUUUCAAUUUUACGCGCAACAACCACGCUUUAUUCGUGCCACUCGUCGUCCGUGUGUUUCUCUAGGUGUGCUAUACCUGUUCCCGAUUUGUGCGUGUGUAUAUUUCUCGGUGUUGGAGUGCACCGCAUGUUGGCUUGCUGGUGAUUAAUGAUAAAGCGAUCUGGUGCGUGCCCUGGAUAUAUUCAUCUUCAAACCGUAAACAUCGCCAGCAGCAGCACCAGCAGCAGCAGCUCUCGUGCAGUUUUAGUGCGUAAGCAUCACGACACGCCAUCCGUGAAUCCGUGUUCUGCCCGACCCUGUUCCAACACAAAAGAGACGAGUAAGUGUACCGUACCAAGGUGCCCAAAGAAGCGAAAAAGGAAAGAAAAAAUGAAAAUAGAAAAUCUUGAAGUGUAUUAAACCAUCCUGGCCGCAACGACGACAACGACGACGACGACGCGGAACGGCCAAGCGCGCAAAGCAAAAGAGAGCAAGGAAUCGAGUUUUUCGGCAAACCACGAUCCCCACGGUCGCCGCAGAUUCGAUACACGAUCCCCCCACCCCCCACCCCCCACCUCUCCCUCCUCAUCUUCCUUUCCCGUUGCCCCGUGUACAGUGUAGUGUUGUAAAGAGCGACCUGUUUGAGAGCAGCAACCAGCGCAGGGAAGCGGCGAAGAUUUGGUGUCCCCAGUGUCCCCAAAUUGCUCGAUCGUUUUUUUUGCCUCAAAAAUCCUUGUGUGUACGUGUGUCCGUGUGUCCGUGUGCCCGUGUGUGUUUAUCUGUGUAUCCUCGCUGUGAGAGCGCCGGCUAAUCAUGAAAUCAUCCAUGAGAAUUACGAAAAUCGCGGCAGUUCGUUUCAUGCUCGUUCUGCAUUUAUUUUUGAACGUGAAAAUGUGUGUCGUCGGCGGUAUCGGUGUCGGUGGUGCGACCGCCGGCAUGCCCAGCAGUGACAGUGACAUUAAUUACGACGAUGGCGACAGUGGCGAGUGGCAAUCGUCGUCGUCGUCAUCGUCAUCGUCAACGGUGGAGGGUGGCGGUCGGAGCAAGGAAUUACCGCCGUCAUCUCCUUGGUCCUUGGGUGGCGUACCGGUGCCGAGUAAUUUAAUUCGCUGGAACGAUCCACCAUCAGCCGAUUCAGCUCGGCCGCAGCAGCAUGGUCAUGUGCGAUCGCGCAUGCACCAUGUUCGGCAUGAGCAGCACUACCUUCAAGGUCAUCAUCGAGCAUCGAAACCGAACAAGUGGCAGUCGGUGUCGGAGGUGGAUGCCUUCCGUGGGGAUGGGCCCCCGGUAAUCCGCGAUGAAAACCACCAAAAGGGACGCCAUGGGCACCACAAUCAUCACAACAAGCACCACAACCAUCAUCGAACAGCAGGAACAUCCUCGGAAUCAUCCGAGGAGGCAUCGGUUACUAGGCACGAUCAUAGGCAUAGGCAGCAGCUAACGGACUUUGGUGUCACGAAGGACGUUUCCCAUGGUUUGAGUGUCGAACGGGGGGCAUCCUUAGGACCAAGGAAACAUUUUCAACAAGUGGCCAACAGGAAACGCUCCACGUCCAGCUUCCAUUCCGAGCCACCGUCCAUGAAUGCGCUGGAGCAUACCUUUUCAUCGAAACAGGAACGUGCCCCCCAAACCACCAAGAACGCCACAUCAAAGUCCCAGUACACGCUUCGAUCGGCGAACCCAGAAAGCAAAUCCUACUUCGAGUAUCUGCUCAACAACUACAAAAGCCAUUCGCCACUUUACAAGGAGCACAACGCACAACAGCAGCAACAGCAGCAACAACAACAGAAACUACAAACGGUUCAACCACAAACGAGGUCCUUAACUAAGGCGAAGCAGCAGCGAAGCAGUGGUAGUGGUAGCAGCAGCAGCAGCAGCAGUUCAAAAGCAACUUCCUCGAAAUCAUCCAAAGGAAAGCAGUCGGAUAACGAGUAUGACUAUUCUUACGAGGAUGAGGAGGACGAAGAAGUGCAAAAUGAUGGAGCAUACGGUGAGGUGGCCCAGACAACGACCAGUCGCCCAACAAUGACCACAACAACGGUAGCCACGACGACGACAACCACAACCGAAACAUCGCAGGAGUCAAGCAGUGGCGAAGGUGACCAGGGAUCAGGUGGUGGGGGUGAUAAACGCUACUCAAUGUACAUACAAUCGCUUUCGCGAAUGAAGAACACCCAGCAUCGGAAUGGCAACAACAAGUACAGUAGUACAAGUAAAUCGUACCACUCCCGGCAAACGGCUCCCGCCAACAAUCCUGUCGAUCCGGCCAAACAAGUGAUUGUUCCCCAACCGUAUAACUCGAUAACGGAUUUUAAGCAGGCCAACUUUGGCACCAAGGAAGCCGUCGAACGUUCCUACCAGCUGCAUCAGAACAACUUCCGGAGCAAUCAUAACGAUGAAGUGCAGGAGCACAUGAGGCGCAUUAUGCGUCAAGGUGCGUGCAAAAUACCGAAACCGAAGGUGAUUCCAAUACCAAGCAACGGAUCGUUCUACUUUCUUCCGGAACGCACAAUCCUUCAUCGGUGCGAUGAUGAAACGGCUUGCUGCGACCCCCCGAGAAGGUGCGAAGCGAAGCACACGGAAAUGGUCACACUUUACUUCUAUAUGUCCACAAUUGAGAAAAAAGGACGACAACGUGUGAAUGGGCAAAUGAAACCGCAUGUGAUCUACAUGACUAAUCACACCGAGUGCCAUUGUGUAUUGCCUCGACCCACUGCUACCACUACCGAACUGCCACAGGUCAGCGAUCGUAGUAGUAACAGUAGCGAAAGCUAUGGCGCGUGCCGGUGCCCGGAGUAUUUCCAAUCCGUCAUAGAUCCCCGAUAUGUAUGUUACUGCGCUUGUCUGAACAACAAUCGUAAUUGCGCUAAAAUCACGGAAGGAACUGAGAGCAUUUCCCUCGAUGAUCGAAAGUGCAUUAAAAGUGGGAUCUGCAGUAAACCGUUCUGCAAGUAUGGUAACUACGACAGGGUACAUGGUAAAUGUCCCGCGAAACGAGAGAAAAUCGACCAGUUGAUACCUUCUAAUCGGCGGAACCACCAUCGAUAGGGACUCAUCGGCACGAGGAACUCAACGUAAAGCUAGUAGCUAAGUAGAGGCAAUCAUCGUUACCAAAACCUGUGCUACGGCAGGCCCCGCAUUACUACAUGCACGCAAGCCCCUGCCGACAGGGGCCGGGAUGUGUUCUCAUAAAGGGUUGUCUAUGGCCAUUUUACAACCUUCUUCUUCUCUUCCGCCACAAGGCUUCUUUCUUUGCUGGUGUGGCAACAUCAGUCACACACACAAGAAUCAGUAUGCACGGAAUGACAAACGUUAUUGACAAUCUCUCUCACUGUUAUUGCAUUGGCCCAUAGGGGGUUGAUGCCGUUCGGCGCUGUCCCUUCCUCGCUAUUGUUGCUGCGCGUAAGAAAAAUAGGGAAAAUGUGUGUGGCAAGCCUUGCUGUCACGUUGCGAAAAGUGUACAUAUAUGUAGCGUGAAGAUAGAGAGGGAUAGUUUUUGGUAAAGAGAGGUGACGAACGAAUGUUUCCAAGAAUCUCAUCUUUGGUCCCAUUUCGUUUCUCUUCGUUAUUGUUAAAAAACCUGUUAGUCACCCCGUUAAUAUCGUCACAUUUGAAUUUGAAACUGCGUUUGUAGUUAGCAAGGAUCUGCCUAGCUUUUGCUGCCAUCUCUAUACACAUACCAGCUCCACAAUCUAUCACCAUCAUAAAUGAUCGAGCUUAUGAUGCGCCCUCCCGUUAAGCCUGCGUGUGUUUGACCAAUUUGAAUUAGCUUGUGCCCCAUGAAACGGCUGCCCUCGUGCUUACUCAUGCGCACGCGCACAAAUUUUAAGCAGCACACAUCACACAAGCAACACACACGCACGCACGUAUACAGAAUGCCGUACGAUUUCCAUUUAAAUUAAAGGUUAAGUAUAGAUGCUAGUCACUUAAGAAUGAUAGUAUUACUAAUAAAUAUACAUGCAAACGCAUAUAUCACAAUAUCUAUACUACUGUAUCUUCUACUCUGUAAGUGGAAAGUGAACUGUUUAAAUAUAUUAUAAGCCCAUCCAGCCAUACCUAGCGCUUAGGAGCGUUUCACAUUAAGUCCUUUUCUCUCGACACACAUACACAUCUGCACACACACACAGCCACACGCUAGCGAGAGACAAGCGAGAGAAAAGAGUUAACGAAAGGAAGGCUAGAUAUGGUAGGCGAAACGAAGCACCAUUAGCUUGUUACGUUACUGUAAACCCAAUUUAUGCGCAAAUCAAUUCCUAUAAAGAAGUAAUUUUUUUGAAUAAAACAAAGAAUUGAAUCGCGCGAACCUGGAGUAUGUCGUUUGUGAAAUUCGGUGCCGGUGUCCGUCUGCUAUCCGAAUCCAGUGUCACUUGAUGGCAUGGAUCUAGUGGUUUAGCAAAAGCGCCGUGUUGUACUUUACCCAUAUU